AUGCCCAUAGGUAUGUCCUCAUAUAGGCUAAUUUAUGGAAAGGCUUGCCAUCUGCCCGUAGAACUUGAACACAAAGCCUAUUGGGCUGUUAAAAGCUGUAAUCUUAAUGAAAAAGAAGCCGGAGCCCACAAAAAAUUGCAACUUCAAGAGUUAGAGGAAAUCCGACGUGAUGCAUAUGAAGCCUCGUGGGAUGAUAAAGCAAAGACCAAAGCGUUCCAUGACAAACAUAUCUCGAGAAAACAAUUUCAGAUUGGUGAUAAGGUCUUACUUUUUGACUCAUGGUUCAAAUUAUUUCCAGGAAAGCUACGGUCUAUGUGGAUUGGGCCAUUCUUGGUAGAGCACGUCUAUCCACCUGGAGCUGUGGACAUGCGCAUUCCAAAAACAGGUAAGAUUUUCAAGGUCAAUGGGCACCAUUUGAAGCAAUUCUAUGAAGGAUUUACUGUGCACCUUGUGAAGGAGGUACCAUUGGACCCCCUUUCCCCAUCCUGA